GAGUUCGGUUGCACCAACACCGGUACAUAGUCGCGGACCGGCGUGUCCUUGGACUUAAGGAGCAGGAUGUCCGGCUUGGGAGCUCUAACCUUCGUGUCGCCCGCGACAAAAGCGAUUUAAAAAUGAGUGACAUUGAGAAGGGCAAGAAGAUUUUUGUUCAAAAGUGUGCCCAGUGCCAUCCUGUGGAAAAGGGAGGCAAGCACAAAACUGGGCCAAAUCUCUAUGGUCUCUUUGGGCGAAAGACAGGUCAGGCCCCUGGAUUUUCUUACACAGAUGCCAACAAGAACAAAGGCAUCACCUGGAAAGAGGACACACUGAUGGAGUAUUUGGAGAAUCCCAAGAAGUACAUCCCUGGAACAAAAAUGAUCUUCACUGGCAUUAAGAAGUAGUC